AUGGCUCCCGGUUUGGUCUCUCCCCAGCUGCCCUCGGCGGCCCCCUACUCCGUGUCCAAGAGCAGCAGCAGCAGCCACACUGCCCACCACCACCAGAAUGGCGAAUACUCGAGCGAGACGGUGGAGAGCCGGCAGCGCCACCUGGGGCUGCGCAAGAUGGGCUCGCGCCACAGCUCCAUGGCCAACGCGUCGAGCAUCUCGAGCAUCGUGUACUCGAUCAAGCGGCGCAGCUCCGAGGAGCUGGGGUCCAACAUCUCGGCGCAGCUGCUGAGCGCGACGCACGAGUCGGUCCUGGACUGGAUCAGCGCCCAGCGCAUGAGCGACCUGCCGCCCGAGGGCAGCAGCUACGACAAGGUGCUCGCCUGGGCGCAGCUGUUUGUCGACAGGCUGCACUCGUUUGACCAUGCCGUCCAGGAGUUUGCGGGCGACAGCUACCUGGCUGCCCAGCUUGCCUAUGGCUACUGCUCUCUGCUUCUCGAGCUCGGAAAAGAGAAUGCCGCGGCGCUCAUGACCUCCUUUGGAUUCUUCUAUUCCAUGUCCGUGCCGCUGGUCAAUCUCCUCGAGUGCACCGAGCUGUUCAACGUCUCGCACGAGACCAGCGAGCAGCUGGUGAUGGCCUUGUCGGACCUCGUGACCGUGGUUGCCAGCGUGGCGACCUACUUCCACAAGGCCAUCCGUGGACUGACCAGCACCUCGGUGUCGGUCAACAUCUACUCGACGUUUGCGCCGCAGAUCAAGACUUUUCUUGAACGCUGUGAGAAGACGGCAGAGUCCAUGUGGAAGCAUGAGCUUCAGAGAGAGGGUGCUGAUGUUGGCAAGAUUGCCAAGCUCAAGGCAGUCAGCCAGUGGAUCGCACCAGAGGACCACGUCAUGUCCAGCGUCCUCAACUCGACCUCUCACCUGGCUCACGACCGCGAGGAGCUGACGUGCCUGUACAUCGGCACCCAUUUGACCCGCUUCCUCAAGAGCUCCCAAAAGACCAUGCUCCUGAGCGGACCCCAGGGAUCUGGCAAGACGAUACUCGCGUCCGUGAUUCUCGACUACCUGCAGCACCCCAUUGCUGGCAUCACUUACAACACUCUGUUUGUCCCCAUCGACGCGCGGAUCCCCACCGAGACGACCAGCCGCGCCGUGGCCAGGUCGCUGCUGCACCAGCUGUUUCAGAAGCGCACAGGAAACGUCAAGCUCCUCAACAUCCUCAUCGAGACCUAUGAGCGUUCUGUCCGCUUCGCUUCCGACGAGGACCACGACGACAUCCUCUGGAAGGCCGUGGAGCGGGCCAUGGGCGCCACCACCAUGGGCAGCAAGGACCUGGUCAUGAUCGUCGACGGUCUGGACGAGUGCCCGUCUGGCGAAGAUGCUCUGUACCGCCGACUCCAGGCGGUGGUGCAUGCCAAGGGCGCCAGCUCGGUCAAGCUCAUUGCCCUUGGGGCCAAGACCCAGCAGGGGGUUCAGAACCUCGCGGUCAAUGAAGAUCUGAUCUUUGACGACAUCGCGGCGGUUGUGGGUGACUUUUUCGAGGACUACGAUGUGUUCCAGUCAAUGGACGAGAUGGAGCGCGAGACUCUGAUUACGCGCAUCGCCAUGCUGUCCAAGGGCUCCUUUGUGUGGGCCAAGCAGGCGAGCAAGCAGAUACGGCACCACGGCGGCUCCAAGAACCUGUUCGAGGCGCUGGACAAGAUUGAAAAGUGCACGGUGGGCGACUUUGUGCACAGGACGCUCACGGCGCCCGAGGUGACGGAGCAGACGCGGCUCAUGCUGGCGUGGCUGGUCACGACGGAGCGACCCCUGACGGUCAAGGAGCUGGCGACGCUGGCGACCAUCAACGUCGACAAGCAGAGCAUCAGCCACGAGGCCAAGACGGACGUGAUGCACACGCUCAAGCCGGUCAACUCGCUCGUGUACAUGCAGGACGGGCUCAUGUACCUCCGGCACGGCAUGGUCCGCAAGGCCCUGACCAGCUGGUUCAACGGACACAAGGGCGUCAUCAGCGACCGCCACGGCGACCUGGCCUGCAGGCUGCUGGUGUACAUCGGCUCGUGCGUGACGGAGCCGCGCGAGUGCACGCUGGCGCCGCUGCCCAGCCACGAGGUGCACCAGCUCACCAGCCGGCACGCGCUGCUCGACUUUGCCGUCCGCUACUGGCCGCUGCACCUGCGCAAGAGCUUCGCCUACCUCAAGCCCGACGUGGGCGACUCCGAGGCCGCCAAGCUCGUGGCCAAGGUCAUGCCCAGGAACCCGACCGUGGUGCUGCUGCAGGCCGCGCUGUGGCAGCACCGGCCCACGCCGACGCUGCUGACCUGCCACACCAUGAUGACCAACAUUGCGCGCCGGACCCUGACCGCCGCCAGCCCCGUCACGCUGCAGUCCGUCAUCUUCCUGGCCAGCAUCUACCGCCAGAUCGACUUCACCCCCGAGGCCACCACGCUGUUCUACGAGGCCUCGACCGUGGCCAACACGCUGCUGACCAGCAAGAACAAGAUCACCAUGCACAUCUGCCGCGCCUUUGUCGACAUCACCACGGGCAGGGCCACCACCUCCAAGAACGACAUCAUCAUGACCCACCGCGAGCACGUCCUCCAGAUCCUGGUCGAGUGCUACAGGGCCCAGUACGGACACACGUCGGAGCACGUCGUCGCCACGCUCAAGCUGCUGGUCGAGCACUACCGCAUGACCAAGGAGGAGACCAAGGUCGAGCACACCAUCGCCAAGAUCCGGACCAUCAGCAGCACGACCGAGUUCGGCGCCAGCACCGGCACCGGCGCCACGACAGACGACGGCGACGACUCCCGUCCCGAGGGCGACCUGCACGUGCACCUGCGCGGGCGCAGGGGGUCGCAGUCCAGCGGGGAGGUGGUGGUGCUGACGCUGGACGUGGACGAGCACGACGAGCCGAUCGAGGGCCACGCCAAGUACGACUUUGAGUUCUUCCUGGUGCGGGCGGAGCGCUGCCUCGCCGAGGGCCGCGCCGACCUGGCCGAGAAGACGUACGUCGACAUGUGGCAGCGCGUGACGCGCGAGUACGCCGCCACGCGGUCCGCGCUGUGGGAGGAGCGCAAGACCAGGAGCGUCGUGGGCUACGCGCGCUUCCUGACCCUGCAGGGCCGCGCCGCCGACGCCAGGAGCAUCUUGUCCACCGCCUGGGAGGAGUACAGGUCGUCGCAGACCGGCGGGGCCGUCACCGAGGCCACCUGCGCCAUGUACGUGGACAUGGCGGGCAUGAUGAAGCGCGUGGGGCUCGUGUCGGAGAGCCUGACGCUGAUGAAGCACUGCUCGCAUUACCUCCGCGGCACCAACGCCACCGAGACGUCGACGUACCACGAGCUGCAGCAGGCCAUCCACAGCACCUCGCAGGAGCUGGUCCAGUCCAUGAGCAGCAUCAGCAGCAACAGCAGCAGUACCACCACCACCACCACCGUCUCCGAGUCCAUGCUGGAGGAGAUGGUGCUGGAGCAGAGCAGCUCGGCCGACGCGGUCGAGGAGAGCACCUUUGCCGCCUCGAGCAGCCUCGUGCGUCUGUACAUGAAGCAGCACCGCCUGCAGGACGCCACGCGCCUGCUCAAAAAGAUCCUCCGCGGCGUCUGGCCCUCGCUUUUCACCCCCAACGUCGAGGACGUCGUCGCCCCGCAGAGGCUGGUCGAGCGCUGCGUCGACCUGGCCGAGCGCCUGGCCGAGUGCUACCACGCCCGCCGCCGCCGCGCCAAGGAGGAGGACAUGCGCGUGCGCCUGUACCGGGCCAUGCGCACCUGCCGAAAGGUCGACGAUGAGCUGCGCGAGCGCGUCGCCUCCGACCUGGUCCAGCUGCUCCGGCGGACCGACCAGCUGGAGCUGGUCAUCACCACGCGCCAGGAGAUGCUCGACGACCACGUCAAGCACUACGGCGACAGGCACCCCAGGGUGGUUGACAUGCUGUGGGAGCUUGCCGAGCUGACCCGCCCGCGGCCCGUUUUUGUCGACUACUACCAGCGGGUCAUCAAGGCCCUGCACCCCAACGACGCGGACGACGUCGCCCCCGAGGCCUUUGAGCCCUUCAACAUUGUGGCCACCGAGCUCUGGAGCAAGGGGCGAUUCCCCGAGGCCGUCGGCUACUACAAGGUCGUGUUUACCUGCUUCCUGCGCCAGCCCAAGCUCAGUCCCAAGCUCAACGACGCCGAGUUUGUCAAGACCUUGUUCCAGAGGUAUGUUCACUGCCUCCGCAGCGUGCGCAGCGACUUUACCGUCAUCCACAAGGUCUCGGUCGACUACCAGACGCAGUGCAAGACCGUGUUUGGCCCGACCUCGUCCAUCAGCAUCCAGGCCACUCUCUACCUGGCCAAGGUGUGCCAGGAGUCGAAGCGCUACGAGGUGGAUGCCAUUGUCCUCUAUGAAGAGCUGCUCAAGAUGCAGUGCAAGGAAGUCGACCACUCCGAGAUCUGCUCCAUCCUCGACUCCAUCUACGAGGCCCAGGCCGACCUGAUCACCACCACCAGCGCAACCUCCACCACGGCCGUGUCGUCGGAGCAGGUCCAGCGCGUCAUCAAGGUGUUCAAGAAGCGCGUCGCCACCAUCCGGGAGACCCACGGCUGGGCUCACGAGGAGUCGCUGUCCAAAAUGAGCGAGAUGGUGCGCUUCUACAACAACCAGCAGUCGUCGUCGUCGUCGUCGUCCCUCACCCACGAGGACGUGGUCCGCAACACCGAGACGGUCCUUUCCGAGCUCAAGGAGGCCACGGUGCACAUCCUCUCGCACGAGACGUUCCCGACCCGCCUCAUCGCCGCAGCCUCCACCAUCGCCACGAGCUACAUCCAGUCCAACCAGACGCACAAGGCCACCGAGAUCAAGCAGGAGCUGUACCGCCAGGUGGUCAUCAAGGACAAGACCAACGUGUCGAGCUGCGGGUUCGACCUGACCGACCGUGGCCGCGAGAGCCUCGUGUUCCUCGCCGAGUUUGAGCACUCGCUGCACCCGCGCCACCACUCCUUCACCGCCACCGAUAUCCUCGCCGAGCUGACCACGCAGUACAUGUACUUUGACGAGUUCCGCAGCCUGCUACGGUCCGCCAGCUGCUCCCUGGGCACCAUCAUCGCCUCGGCCUCGCGCCUGCACAGCUUCCUGACCUCGUACGAGCGCUUCGACGGAUCCGAGCGCGUCUUCAACGAGCUCACGGCCUACUUUGCGAGCCACGAGGGCAGGCGCGUCAAGCUGGGCGGGAAGCAGGUCGACGUGCUGCUGCGCAACCUGCUGUGCUACUUUGGCACCUUUACCUCGCAGAACUUCCUCCGCUCCGUCGGCAUCAGCGGCAUCUGCGGCGUGGAGAAGCUGCUCGCCGAGCAGAAGCACGACGACGCCGCCGACCUGGCCACCGCCACCUGGACCUACAUCUCGGCCGACGACAGCUACAAGACCGACCCCGGCCUCGCGAAGCUGGUCCUGAUCCUGGGCCUGACCCUGGCCGACGGCAGCGGCCGCAAGUACCUCGACGUCGCCGCGUCGCAGACCGUCCCGGGACAGAUCAACCAGGCCUUUACGCUGCAGCAGGCCCAAGCCACCACCAGCAGCAGAGACGGCUCAUCCCCGCGGCCCCCGCCCGCGCCCGCCGCGGCCGUGCUCUCCCGGCCCAAGCCCCACGCGCACGCCAAGCUGCUGGCGGCCUCGGCGCCCAUCACGCGGCAGGUGCUGCACGUGCUGUCGUCGAUGCGCAUCUCGCUGUCGCACAUCUCGCUGGUGCACCUCAACAACCUCGUCGCGGUGCUGGGCGCGCAGCGCGACCACGAGACGCUCUCGUGGCUGCUGACCACGCUGUGGGAGUCGCGCGAGGCCCAGGGCGGCUCGUGGCCCGUCGGCGUCACCCUGGCCCUGGGCCGGCGCUACAUCGUCGCGCGCUACCUGGUCGGCGACACCACGGCCGCCGUGCGCCUGGCCGAGGACAUGGUCUACAACUGCCGCCGCGUGCACGGCGCCCGCCACCCGCGCACGCUGGGCAUGUCGCUGUUCCUGACCAAGCUGUACACGGCGCUCGCGCAGAGAUACCACCGCAAGGCCGCCGGCGGCGGCAGCAGCAACGGCGGCCAGGACGUCGCGGCGCGGUACUACAAAAAGUCGGCGGGCGUGCACGAAAACAUCCUCCGCGCCUUUAGCGACCCGACCUUUGCCGACAUGGAGGGCGGGCUCGACGGCAGCAUGUGCCUGGACGACGCGCCGUCGAGCCUGCACGGCGGCGGCAGCAGCGCGGGGCUCGACGACGGCGAGAGCAUGGACGGCGGCGGCGGCGCGCAGCUGCAGACGGACGGCGACCGGGUCAAGAUGCACCUGCGGCACCUCAAGCUGGCCGUGCAGCGGCUCGGCGCCUGGCCCAAGGACUACAAGGAGUACGAGCGGCUCAACGCCGACAUCUUUCGCGAGUUUGGCGACUGUCUGAAGGGUGUUGAGGGAGUCGAGCGCUGGAACCUCGAGGGCUUUGGCGGCGGCAGGGCCGAGAGCUCCGAGGACGUGCUCAACGUCGAGGAGUUUAAGCACUGGGAGUUUCUCGGUGGGGGUGGCAUCAUGGUCCAGGAGGAGGACGAGGAGGAGCUGUGA